UUACACUGUCCCAGUCACAGACAAGCUCUCGGGAGAAACGUAGGAAGAUCUUUUUGUGUCCACCCCUUCUCAGAGAGCAGCACGUGGAUCUAACUCCUCUGGAGUGACAGCGCUGUAUCAGCAGCUUGGAAAGAGACAAGCCAGGGCCUGACCCUAAGGAGCACCUGCUUCUGCAGCUGGGAAAGGCAAGGGUGCUGAAAGCCAGACUCCGAAUCAAAGAGAGAUGAGCGGUCCUCAGCCCUUGCAGGAGGAAAGAUAUGAUAUGUCGGGUGCCCGUCUGGCCCUGACACUAUGUGUCACCAAAGCCCGGGAGGGUUCUGGGGCAGACAUGGAUGCCCUGGAACACAUGUUCAGUUACCUGAGAUUUGAAAGCACCAUGAAGACGGAUCCUACUGCCCAGCAAUUCUUGGAUGAGUUGGACAAAUUUAAGCAGACCAUAGAGAACUGGGAAGAGCCUGUCAGCUGCGCCUUCGUGGUGCUUAUGGCACAUGGCUUGGAAGGCGUCCUCGAGGGAGAAGAUGAGAAGAUGGUCAGGCUGGAGGAUCUUUUUGAGGUCUUGAACAACAAGAACUGCAAGGCCCUGAGAGGCAAGCCAAAAGUAUACAUCAUUCAGGCCUGCAGAGGAGAGCACAGAGACCUCGGUGAAGAAAUAGGUGGAGAUCGGGUUGCUGCGAUCACAAAGGACAACCCCCAAACUAUCCCAACCUACACGGACACCCUCCACAUCUAUUCCACGGUAGAGGGGUAUCUCUCCUAUAGACAUGACGAGAAAGGUUCUGGCUUCAUCCAGACCCUGACGGAUGUGUUCACAAAUAAAACAGGAUCCAUCAUGGAACUGCUAGAAGAGGUAACCCGAAUUAUGGCAGACACAGAGGUGAUGCAGGAAGGAACGCCGAGGAAAGUGAACCCUGAAAUCCAAAGCACCCUCCGGAAGAAGCUCUACCUGCAGUAAAAGAAAGGGCAGUGACGGCCCUCCUGCAGGUGUUUCUCUGCCCCCACCGAUAUUCAGAGACAGCCACCACCACUCCUCAGAGAUGGCUUCUGGAUUCUUCAUUCAUCACAACCCUCUACCCGUGUCACUUUUAAAGAAAUCCAGACAAUAUAGCACACUGACGUCACCUUCCUUUGGCUGGAUUCCCUGCUUCUGUUAACACAGCCUCGGACGGCCUUCCUGUAGCUAACUUUCUGCUCCUUUGCCUCACCGAGCCUUCCUCUUCCUCCUACGGCUAUACAUACAAAAAUAAAUAAAAAGUCAUUACUACUUCA